GAUAGCUGGAUAGUAAUCUUAUAAUUGAAAAAUAUUUUCGAUGGAUAUUCAAAGUUCUGUUUAUUGAUUUAUUAUAUUUCAUAUGUGAAUAUUUCAGAAUGGAAAAAAUUCCAGACCAAACCGGAUAUUUAAUAUUGACAGAGGACGGUGCAGUCCUUGAAUCUGCUGGUGAACUGGAAAAUGAUGAACGUAUUGCAACAAUAAUAAUUGAUCUUAUCAGUUUGUCAAACACUGUUGACCCAUUGGCAUUUGGUCCAAAUGAAAAAUUCAAGAAAAUAUCAAUAACAUAUGAUGAUCAUUGGUACGCUAUAUGUAUAUCAAAUAAAAAGAUAUACGUAGUCAAACGAUCCAUAUCACCUGCUGCAGCUGAAGGAAACGCUAUUGCAGUUUAAUCUUGAAAUAAAGUAAGACAAGAUGGGACGAAAUUUGUUGAUGAGUAGUCUAGAGAAUGCAUCUUUUAACAUAUUACUUCAAAUAUUAUUUCGGUGUAUCACUUUUAUAACAAAUGCUUGGGUGUUAAGGAAUGUAGGACAUGAAGUACUGGGAAUAAUGAAUGUGAGGUUACUGCUUUUAGAAAGUACCAUAUUAUUCCUGAGUAGAGAACCUUUUUACAGGGCCUGUUUAGGACAGAAAGAUGAAUUUAAUUGGAGUCAUAUUAUAAAUCAGAUUUGGUUAUCAGUACCUAUAAGCUGUAUUUUGUCUUUAAUUUUUGUAUUUAUUUGGAUACAUAUAUUGCCUUUAGGCCAUCCAGAAUAUGCAUCUCAGUAUGCAUUUGGCUGCUGGUCAGUGGCAUUUUCUUGUGUCUUAGAGCUAUGUUCAGCUAAUGUUGCCCUUGUAGCACAACUCUUUUGUUUUGUCAAACUUAAAGUAGCUCUUGAUUCCAUUCAUAUUUUUGUAAGAACAUUAUUGUUUGUGUGUAUUAUCAAAUAUGAUAGAUCUUUAGCACUUAUUGCCUUUUCAAUAGCACAAGUUGGAAGUAUUUCAGUUAUAGUUUUAAGUUACUAUGGCUUCUUUUAUUGGUAUUUAAAAAGUAAACCUCUAUAUAGCAAAGGGGUUCUGAAAAGUAAAUUAGUUCCAGAAUCAGUUCUGCUAAGAUUAUUUGAUAAUAUGGAUGAUUUUACCUUUACCUCAUUAAAAGAUUUUAUGCCAAAAUACUCAAGUUCCUUUAAUUUAUUAUUUAACAAAAAAUUAAGUACCUUAACAGUUAGCUUUGCUAAACAAGGUGUUGUGAAGCAAUUGUUGACAGAAGGAGAGAAAUAUGUAAUGUCAAUGAGCCCAGUAAUGUCAUUUAAGGAACAAGCAACUUAUGAUGUCGUAAACAAUCUUGGUAGUCUAGCAGCAAGAUUUGUGUUCAGACCUAUAGAAGACAGUAGCUAUUUCUAUUUUACCCAAAUGGUUAAACGUGAGUUGCCUGUUCAUAAACAAGAUCAAAAUAAAAUACAGGAAACAUGUACUGUCCUAUCUCAUGUGUGUAAGAUAGUUAGUUCAAUUGGAUUAGUUGUUUUUGUAUUUGGACAGAGUUAUUCAAAAACAUUGUUAUCAUUAUAUGGCGGGGAAGCUUUUGUUGAGAGUGGAUUAUCAGUUCAAUUACUUAGAAGUCACUGUUUAGCUAUAAUACUGUUAGCUGUUAAUGGUAUUACAGAAUGUUACUGUUUUGCAACAAUGACAAGUGCACAACUUAAUAGUUAUAAUUAUUUAAUGGUAAUUUUUUCCAUAAGUUUUCUUGUAUUAUCUUAUGUGUUAACUUUUUUCUUUGGACCUGUAGGUUUUAUCAUAUCUAAUUGUAUCAAUAUGUUUGCUAGAAUUGUACAUAGCAUUCAUUUUAUAAACAAUAAAUAUAAAGAUACUAAUUUUAAACCUUUAAGGGGUCUCUAUGUAGGAAAAAUAUUCUUAUUGAGUUUAUUCAUAGCUGGUAUUAUUUGUAAAAUCUCAGAAUAUAGAAUUAUGCCAUAUGCAAUGUUUACACACAUAGCAAUUGGAGGAAUCUGUUUAUGCUUUGUGUUACUUGCAUGGGGUUAUGAAAAUAGAGACCUCAUAAUAAAAUCAUACAAAAAGUUU